CUGUCCUUUCUCAUUAAUUCUGUAGUUAGUGUUAAGUAGUAAGUAGUUACUUCACUUAGUUCUUAAGUUUCCUUUGGAGGUGUUUCCCCUCCAGUGCUAUCCUGGCGCUAGAGAUGCCAUGGUCUCCUGGCUUCCAAGUCUGUGAGGUCUGCGGUAAGUGUAUGCCCAGAAGUGGUCCUCACACUUCGUGUUUGAAGUGUUUGGUGGAGAGCCAUCCAAAGGAUCGCUGUAGGAACUGCUGGGGGUUUCGCCCCAGGACACUGAAAGAUAGAGAUCAGUGCCUGAAGAUCCUACUAAUGGAAGCGGCACUCUGGCCCCAGUCCGACCUCGGGUCGGCGGACCCAUUGCCGAGUACCUCUUCCUCGGUACGCAGUGCCCCAUCACCAUCAGCACGGGGAUCAGUGCCGAGUAAAGACAAGGAUUCUCGGCACCGUCCUGGCUCCACUUGUGGCUCACAUGCCGCAGGCAGGCACCAGUCUCAAUCACUGGUGCUGCAGAAUAAGAAGAGGCCAGAGAGGGCUGCACCAGAUUCCCUAGUUGUGGACACUACUAACUAAUGUGAGCGCCAGGGCUACCAAGGCUCCUCCCCAAAGAAUCGGAAGGCAAAAUGACUUGACCUUUUUGGUAGAAAGGUCUACUCCACUCGUGGCUUGCAGCUCCGCAUUUCUAAUCAGCAGGCCAUUGUCUGCAGACACUGCUACAAUACAUGCAGGGCAAUGGCAGAGUUCACAGAGCUGCUGCUGCAGGACUCCUAUGCUGAAUUCUCAGUCCUGGUGGAGAAGAGCAAGCUUAUUUCCUGAGCUUCAUCGCAGGCAGCUCUGGAUGGGGCUGAUGUGGCUACUCGGGUGAUGUCUACUAGGAUUGCCAUGAGAAGGGGCUCCUUGCUCCAGGUAUCAGGUCUGCCAUACGAGGUCCAGCAGACGAUUCAGGAUCUCCUCUUUGAGGGUGUGACUCUAUUUUCCGAAAAGAUGGAUAAAAGGCUACAUAGCCUAAAAGACUUGAGACACCUUCAAAUCGCUGGGCCUCCACACCCCUGCCACACAGGAGAGGCAUUUUAGGCUGCAACCUCUUCCACGGUUCUACCAACCACAGAACCUCAGGAUGGCUCACGGAGAAGAAACGGGAGCGACAUGCAGAGGCCGCAGCUGUCCUCAGGCCAGGGCUCUGGCCCGUCCAAACCUUCAUCUGGCCAGAAGCAGGCCUUUUGAAGGUGCAAAUGAGGACGGCGCGCCAGAACUUGGACUGGAUCCAACCCACCUUACCUUCUUGUCCCGACUAUCCCCUUUCUAUCCUGGGUAGGCCCGUAUCGCAUCGGAUCUCCAGGUGCUCCAUACGGUAGAGAGGGGAUACUUCCUCCAAUUCUUUGCACUCCUGCCCUUCCACCCCCUUUCUCUAUCCCUCUUCAGGGACCCUUCUCACGAGCAACUCCUCAUACGGGAGGUGUGCUCGCUCCUAUUGCUAGGAGCAGUGGAAGAGGUUCCUCAGGAGCUGAAGAGCAAGGGUUUCUAUUCCCAGUAUCUCCUAAUACCAUAAGCCAAAGGCAGUCUCAGGCCCAUCCUAGACCUGCAAGAGCUCAACAAGUUCAUGAGGAAACUGAUGUUCCGCAUGGUCUCUUUGGCCUCCAUCAUCUCUUCCUUGGAUCCAGGAGACUGGUAUGCUGCCCUCAACUUGAAGGACAUGUGCUUUCAUUUAGCAAUUACACCAUCCCACAGAAGGUACCUCAGGUUUGUGAUGAGCAACAAACACUACCAGUUCACAGUCCUGUUCGGCCUGUCAGCAGCACCUUUUGUGUUUACCAAGUGCAUGACAGUCAUGGCCGCAUUCCUCCGCUGAUGCCAGGUACAGGUGUUCCCAUUCCUCAAUGACUGGUUGAUCAAGGGCUGCUCCAGGGCUCAAGUGGAGGCAAAAGUCGACUUCAUAAGAAUGACGUUCAACGAAUUGAGCCUUAUCGUGAACGUGGGGAAAUUGACUCUGUCCCCUGUUCAGUGGAUAGAGUUCAUAGGGGCGGUGCUGGACUUGACACAUGCCAGGGCAUACCUCUCAGAAGCGAGGUUUCAGGCCCUGGGCGACAUCAUUUGAAGUCUCAGGCAGUUUCCCACCACCACAACAAGGAAUUGCCUGAAGCUCUAUGACAGAUGUCCUCUUGUACCUAUGUGGUGCAACACACCAGGCUCAGACUCUGGCCUUUCCAAUCGUGGCUAGCCUCGGUGUAUUGGCUGGCUCAGGAAGUUUGGACAGAGUCGUGACUCUGCCUCACCCGGUCUUCAGCUCCCUCCAGUGGUUGCUCAACCCGCAGGUAGUGUGUGCAGGGGUCCCUUUCACCGCUCCUCAGCCGUCCCUCUUGCUAGUGAUGGACGCGUCAGCCUUGGGCUGGGGAGCACAUCUGGGAGACCUCAGGAAACAAGGGCUCUGGUCUCAGGCGGAAGUCGCUCUCCACAUCAGUGUCCGAGAGCUGAGCGCUGUGCGUCUGGCAUGCCAGACUUUCUGUGUGCACUUGACAGGGAGAUGUUUAUCAGUUACGACAGACAACACCGUAGUGAUGUUCUUUAUCAACAAACGGGGGUGCACGCUCCUCUCUCCUGUCCAGGAAGCCCUCACGCUGUGGGACUUUUGUGUAGCUCAUUCGAUACACCUGCAAGCAUUGGACCCCAGGAGUACAGAACAAGUUGGCGGACAGUCUCAGCAGGUCUUUUCACAGCCACGAGUGGUCCCUAUGCCCAGAUGUCACGAACUCCAUAUUCCAAAGUUGGGACUUUCCCCAGAUGGACUUGUUCACCAUGCAACACAACAGGAAGUGCCAACAGCUUUGCUCCUUCCUGGAUCACAGCCUGGGCUCCAUUGCAGACGUGUUCUUCCUCCCAUGGGGAGGCCGUUUUCUCUAAACAUUCCCACCCAUCCCUCUCAUUCACAAGGUGCUCCUCAAGAUACUGAGGGAAGAGGCUUAAGUGAUAUUGUUUGCUCCAUCCUGGCCCUGCCAACACUGGUACACAUUUCUCCUGGAAAUAUCUGUGGAAGCUCCAGUCACCUUGCCGCUCCUCCUGGACUUAAUAACUCAGGAUCGUGGCUGUCUCCAGCACCCGAACCUUGAGUUGUUGCACCUCACAGUGUGGAAGCUCCAUGGCUGAACCCCACAAAGCUCUCCUGCUCGGACCCGGUUACACAAGUUCUCCUUGGCAGUAGGAAACCCUCUACCAGGGCUACCUACCUUCCCAAGUGGAAGAGAUUCUCAUUCUGGUCAGUGCAGGAUCACUCAUCCCCGAUGCUCGCCUCUAUACCACUCCUACUAGACUGCCUUCUCCAUCUCAAGCAGUAGGGACUGUCCAUGUUGUCAAUAAGGGUUCACUUGGCUGCCAUUUCUGCAUUCCAUCCAGGCUCAGAGGGCCGUUCGGUGUUUGCCAACCCUGUGGUCAGCCGUUUCCUGAGAGAUCUCGACAGGCUAUAUCUGCACGUCCAGCAACCGACCCCAACCUGGGACCUCAAUCUGGUCCUUUCCAAAUUGAUGGGUCCGCCCUGUGAAUCGCUGGCGAUUUGUUCCCUGCUCUACCUAUCAUACAAGGUGGCAUUUCUGGUAGCGAUAACCUCAGCCAGGAGAGUGUCUGAGCUCAAAGUGCUAACAUCAGAGCCCCCUUACAUCGUGUUCUCUAAGGACAAGAUUCAGCUCAGGCCACAUCCAGCUUUUCUCCCAAAGGUUGUCUCCCAGUUUCACAUCAACCAGGACAUCUUCCUCCCAGUGUCCUAUCCUAAGCCGCACUCGAGCAGCAGAGAGAAGGGGCUUCACUCAUUAGCUGUCCACAGAGCGCAAGCCUUUUACUUUGAAAGAACAAAACUGUUUAGGAAGUCCAUUCAAUUGUUUGUGACCGUGACAGACAGGGUGAAGGGUUUUCCAGUCUUUUCCUAACGAACUUUCUCAUGGAUCGCAUCCUGCAUCCGUUAAUGUUAUAACUUGGCAGAGGUGCCUGCCCCUAUGCUCACAGCACACUCCACUAGGGUGCAAGCUUUUUCAGCAGCGUUCCUGUUGCAAGUCCCGACCCAGGAAAUAUGCAGAGCGGCAACGUGGUCCUCCAGACAUACUUUCACUGUGUAUUAUGCGAUUACCCAGCAGGUCAAAGACGAUGCGGUCUUCGGUAGAGCAGUGAACAGCUCCGACCCUGCCUCCUGAACUUGGGCUUGGGAGUCUCCUGAUUGGAAUUGACAUGAACAAGCACUUGAAGAAGACAAAACGGUUACUCACCUUCGAGAUGUGCUGUUCAUGUCCAUUCUGAUACCCACUCUCCUCCCCUCUGUUAGAGUAGCCGGCAAGAAGGAACUGAGGGGGUGACGGGUCGCUAGGGCCCUAUAUUGAAUGCCAUGAUGGCACCACUCCAGGGGGUGCCUGGACCGACCCGACAGAUACUGCUAGGGGGAAAAAUCUUCCGGCCGCUGUGCGCGCACACGCACACAUACCUGAUUGGAAUGGACAUGAACAACACAUCUUGAAGAACAAGAGUUACGAGAAGGCGAGUAACCCGUUUUCUGAAACUUUUGCACAGAUCUUUUUAAAGCUGUCUUCUCACCCAACAUUAUAUAAUGUUAGAGGUAUUAUUAGUUAAUACAUUCAAUCAAAAAGUAAAAUUUGCAUGGUGUAAUAUCAGAAAUACCCAUACCAAAAAAUCUUGCAUUAAAGGCAGGACA